UGCUGUCAAAGAAGCCCAUGGCAUUAGCAGAAGUGCGCACGCUACUACCAUGCACAAAUAUCUAAGCAAGCGGGCCCCGCGCUCCCGACGUUCCCGCCUUCCUGCCCGGUGCACUACUGCACCAUGAAACACACACACGCAACCACAGGAAGCGAACAGAAUUAUCGCCGCUAUAAUCCAUCGUCCAAGUCGGAUCUGACCACCAAAGCAGCUCUCAGCCAUGGCGUAUAAAUAACUUCCGUGCCCAGACCAGCCAGCAGUGCACCAGGUACCAUCGAACCUUCACCGUUCGUUCUGCGAGGUGCGACGUGCGAGACACCGCCGGCAGGCAUCACUGCUCGAGAGGAUCAACAAUGGCGGCUUCCUCCACCGCCACCACCAUAAUCAGCUGCUGCUGCUGCUGCCUCGGGCCUCCCGCUCCGCCCAAAGAAUCCUCUGCAGGCGCUCGCAGGCCGCAGGCGCCGGCAGGCGUGUCAGUGUCGUCGCACGCGCUGCGCCGGGCGUGCGUGGCUGCCGCGGCGUGCGCGAUGGUGGGGAUUUCGGGCGGCGGCGGCGGCGCCGACAUGGCCCUUGCGCUGGCGCGUGGCGGCGGCGCGUUCGCCUCCAGGACCGACGUCGUCGCCGUGUCCGUGGGCGCCGCGCGCGCCAAGGCGCCGCCGCGGUGGAGCGACCGCAGGCAGUGCCCGCCGUGGCGCGCCAACUCGCUGGAGAACAUCGUGCCGGAGAACCUGCCCCGCCCGUCCGCGCCCAGGAGGUUCGACAGCGUCUCGGCCUCGGCGGCCGCGCCGGACUUGUCGGCGCCGCCUUCUUUCCUGGCGCUGCGACCCGGCACGGGCUGCUUCUCACUCUGACGCAGUCGGCAACAGUGUAAUUAAAUUCGAAGUUGUAAAAAAAAAUAAUGUGGAAAUUGGAAAAAAUACACUUGUGUUUUUAUUUUUUUA